AUGCAUUGCUGGCGGGACGCACAGGCCUUCCCUCAACACCAUGUGGGUGGCCCAAUACAUUUCAAGCCCUGGUUCAGAAUUCGCCUGACCGAGAGGAAAUCAGCCGCGCUGGAGUGCAUGGCAGGCCUCCUCGGCAGGCCCCACAGCGGCCACAUGCAGAUCCAGAAGGACAGGCUCACCGUCCAGUGCAAGAGGACCGACCUCCGAACGGAUUCACCAACGCGGCUCAGGGGAGAACGGGGGCGGGUGCAGGAGGACGGACAGCAGUAUGACUGCCUGACCUACCGCCGCCUCUACCUCCCGCCACCUCGCCACCCGGACGACCUCAUGGGGCCAGGCCUCUUCCACCGCAAAUACAAUGCCUUCGGCCCGACGACUGUCAUGCCCAGCUUCCACGGGAAGUGCGCCAGGGUCACGAGGCUCAUGGGAAUAGGCACGAAGGCGUUAGAGAUCCACCUCCUGCGCCGCAUCCAGCUGCGAGAUGGUGAGAUCUUCCGCAACUUCGACGAGCUCUCCCGCGUGGUCCAGGAGAUUGACGAGCAGGUGACCCCGGAGCAGCAGCAGCAGCAAGAAGACGGGACUGAGGAAAGCGAGGGCCAUGGCUGGCAGAGCCCUGCCCAGCCCAGCGUCGGGGAGUCUGGGGCUGCAGCUGCGGAGGAGCAGCCUGUCCCGUUUGGGCUGCCUGUGGGCAUGCGCUCAAGUGACCAGAACUACCCCCGAACCUGCAGGAUGUGUUUCUAUGGCGUGGACAUUGAUCCCUUCGCCUACCCCAGGCACUGCUGCCCUGGAGUCUUCAUCCUGUUCGAUGAGGACCACUUCGGGUUCAUCUGGCCGGAGGAGAAAUACUUCUUCUGGUACGGCAGAGUCCAGGACACCUUCCAGAAUGUGGAGGCGCCAUCCCCGCAGGCCUUCCUGGAGAUGCUCAAGGACAUUCAGUCUAGUUUUAUAUUUUAA